UCCCUGGAGCGGCUCUGGGCCUGCGGGGCGGGCUGUGCCUCCACCCGCCAGCCUGGUUGCCCCCAGUCGAGGUUGAAGAGCUUUCACGUUACGCGGAGGACCUGCAGGCCUCGCUUGCAAUGCAGCUGCUGUGAACGAAGCUUCAGCUUCUAUAGGCUUGCGUCGAGAACGAAGGAACGUUUUCCUGUUGGGAUAAUUGCGGCUGCAAAGCAGCGGCUUUAGGGCUCAGUUACGAUGAAGUGGAGAAUGUUUAUAUCUAGAGUGCAUGUUGUUUUUUUUUAUUUAAUGAAGUAGAAUCUAGCACUAAUGCAGCAUUAGUGUAGAUUAUAUUUAGCGUCCUAUCAUGCUUGUCAACGCUGCAAAAGAAUUUAUUAUGCAGUACCAAAGUAACAUGAGGAAGACACGAUUAGAAUUUAAGUCAGACUUUGAUUGAUAGCAGACAGAGCUAGAGAAGAUCAGCAAUUUGUAAACAAGCUUGAUAUUAUUUUUACUGCGGUAGUUACUACAGCCAAGCUAUCAAGAGGUUUCAAUUAUUAGAGAAAAUUAUAUUAUAGGUUUGGAAACAUGUAUUUGAGAGGCACACUGAAUCUGCAGAUUGGAAAUACGUGUUUCAGAUAAUUUAAAAAUACAGUUUUUGACGCCAUUACUUAAAGGGUUUUAUUAUAAUGGGUUUGCUUAUCUUUUAUUAUGAUGGGCUCUGAAAGCAUUCAUCCUGGAUUACUACAAAGCUGAAAGUAAUUACAUGAUUGGGAAAAUUGUGUGUCUUCUAACAAAUGGCAUAUAAGCUGUUGAAUACCUACACGAAUAGCAGAGCUUGUGCAUUUUCAUCAGCUGGUUCUGGACUGGUUUAAAUUCUGUCUCAUUUUGUUUCUUCUGUCAAAUUUCUUCAGUUGGUCCUUAAAAUAGCAAAUAUAUAUAUAUAUCUUUUAAUUUUUUUAUAUUAUAGAAAGGCUUUUUAUACUGUUUUUGCAGUGAUGUUCUGUGCAUAAGUAUGUGAGUAUCUUAUUAUCAAGGCUUUAUGUUACAUUGCUAGGUAAGAAAGCUUGAAAAGAUUCUUAUUCUCUUGUUUCUAAGCACUCAAAAUCCUUACUGCAUUAUCAGUGAAGUUAUUAAACUUUGUUUCAGUCACUACCCAAUACAUUUUUGCUUCUCCCUAUGUUUUAUAGUACUUUAUUGACUCUAAGUAAGGUUUUUUUAUUAAAUUUUAAAGGAAAUCUGAAGAUUCCAAAUAUUCUGAAGCCUAAGGUUUCUUAACUUGCAUGGGAUAUAGAUAAUAUGCUUAUUGUUAAUUUUGUAGCUCUUCAAGCAUGGAAACUUUUGAAAAAAAUCUGGGUUUUUUUGUUGUUUUUUUUUUUAAUGGGCUUUGUUUUCAGUAUUGCCUCAUGAAGACUGAUUACCUGGUCAGCAUAACUUUGACAGCACUCACUUUCUAUUUAUUCUGAUUAGUCCUAAGAUUUUACUUAUGUGCUGAGUCUGUCUUUCAAAUGUUUACAAAUAGCUGUCAAGGUCUAAUUUGAAUUUUAUGUCCAGCAGGCUCGCAGAUGGGUCAGGGACUCUGGAGAAUUGCUAGAAACCAGCAAUUGCAGCAACAAGUAUACAGUGGACAAGGCGAUCUUACCAGGGACCAUGGUAGGAGGAUACCUGCUAACAAUGUUUCUAAUACAAGCCAUCGCAAACAAGCCCAAGGCGGCAUUGACAUCUACCACCUGCUGAAAACAAGAAAAUCUAAAGAACAAGAAGGAUUCAUUAACCUGGAAAUGUUGCCACCAGAGCUUAGUUUUACUAUUUUGUCAUACCUGAAUGCAACUGAUCUCUGUCUAGCAUCAUGUGUCUGGCAAGAUCUUGCUAAUGAUGAGCUCCUCUGGCAAGGGUUGUGCAAAUCCACUUGGGGUCACUGUUCUAUAUACAAUAAGAAUCCGCCUCUAGGAUUUUCUUUUAGAAAAUUGUAUAUGCAGCUAGAUGAGGGCAGUCUCACCUUUAAUGCCAACCCUGAUGAGGGAGUCAACUACUUUAUGUCCAAAGGCAUACUAGAUGAUUCACCGAAAGAAAUAGCUAAGUUUAUCUUUUGCACAAGAACACUGAAUUGGAAGAAGCUGAGAAUCUAUCUUGAUGAAAGGAGAGAUGUUUUGGAUGACCUCGUGACGCUGCACAACUUCAGAAAUCAGUUCUUGCCAAAUGCACUGAGAGAGUUCUUCAGACACAUUCACGCUCCUGAGGAGCGUGGGGAGUACCUUGAAACUCUCAUAACAAAGUUCUCUCACAGAUUCUGUGCUUGUAAUCCUGACUUGAUGAGAGAGCUUGGCCUUAGCCCUGAUGCAGUUUAUGUACUGUGUUACUCUUUGAUUCUACUUUCGAUUGAUCUAACAAGCCCUCACGUGAAGAACAAAAUGUCAAAGAGGGAAUUCAUCCGAAAUACGCGAAGAGCUGCACAGAAUAUUAGUGAAGAUUUUGUAGGGCACCUUUAUGACAACAUCUACCUUAUUGGCCAUGUGGCUGCCUAAAAGCACAAUUUGCUAGCACUUAAAAUUUGUAAUUUUCAAAAACUACAUCAAUUCAAGAUAUUAAUUAUUUUGUAGAGAUGGGGGUUAUUUUAGUGCUGGUCAUUCUAACCUCUGUAUGCAAUCAAAGUUUGUGUGUGUAAGUGUGUGUAUGUGUAAACUACCUUUUCUAUCUAUUUACUGUGGGAACAGGAGGACUUUUUUUUUCAUGAUUUUUUUUUUAGCUCUGCACAAAACAAUGCCAUUAGUCUGACACAGCCAUUUAUGAAUGUUAAACUGACAUUACAGUCUAAGCUGAAAAAGUGGUGAAUUUGUGCAUUAGAUCUGCUUGAAACUUUAAUAAGCUCAUUCUUUUUAGAAUACCAUGUAAUGUGUAUAUAUUUAACUAAAGAGAUUUAUAAUCAUAAUUAUUUUAUUGUAAAGUAUUUUAACUAAAAUUUCUCCUUUUAUCUCUUAAAUUAGUGUUUGACUUUCGUUUGCAUUUUUUUUACAAUACUGACUACCUCAGAUACUUAAAUUAGAGGAACAUUGGUCUGAACAAUAAAGUUUAUUCUAGGUGAUAAUAGAACACUUGUAAAAUAUCUAAGCUGGUAUUUUAUACUAUAUUUAUUAACUUGAAUCAGCAUGUUGCCAAUCUGCUAUUCACUCAAUUUUAAGGAUUACAGGCUCUGUUUUAGAUGAAUCCUGAUGCCAUACAGGGGUAGCCAGGGCAAAUCAUGCAGUGUACAGAGAGGUUUACGUUAUUUACAUGCAUAACCUCAUUUGCAGAUACCAGUUUUUGGGAAACAGGGCAACUACAAUCACCUAUUCAGCGCAGUAAGCAAGAAGAAAUCUGAACAGGGAAAGUGGUAGGAGUGAGUAACGUGUUGCUGCUUUCAACUGGUUUCCUCGGUUGAGAAGUGUCAGUGAUGGAAAUGCCUGGGCAAAUUUAUACCAGAUGACUUGUUGCUAAAGCUGUUAAAAACUGACGGUGCAAGAUUAGAGCAGUGACUGUGCAGGAUUGGAGAGCUGCUCUUCAGAGUCAGAUACUGAAUUACUUUCUAAAUCUAUCAUGUAGCUAGAUUUUAAACAGCUCUAAAUUUAUGGAAAUACUUCUGAAAUUAGGUAGGUUGCGUCUUGACAUUUUCUGAAGUGUGGAGGUUAGCACUAGAACUGCUGUUCCAUGUGCAGGAAUGGAAUGAGGAUUUGCCUAGUUUUUGUUCAGACAACUCAGGAGCAGUGCUUCUCUUAAGUUGACAUAAAUGUAGUUGAAGAGCUGUUCCUGAUUAUGUAUGUUUACAUAAUAUUCAGCUGUCAGUAGCACCUGGAUACAUCAUGGUAACAAGUGUAUUCUUUUUCCCUACCAUACCAUGAGGUGAGGUGGGAAGGUAUUCUUAAUCUGUAAAACAGAACUAAUCUUAGUUUUUAUGUAGAAAGCCUAUUGCAGACAAGAAUUUAAUUCAGGAAUGACCCCUCACAGCCAUGCACUUUGCCUGUGCUGCUGCUUUCUGUUUGGCACCUAGGGAGUGUUAUGUUUAUUUUAGAUGUGAGGAGGACAGUCCAUACAAGGGCUACAUAAAUGAUGGGUAGAAAAAGAUGUAGCUAUUACUGCUAUUUCAAGUGUUUAUAGCUCUGCUCCACAAACUGAAAUUCAUGCAGAAGUACAUUUUUAUUAUGUUACCUUUAAUCAAGUGUAAAUGCAUUGCAUUUAUGUAGCAUACACAGCCAAAGCCAGGAGCCAGCAGUAUUGUGGCCAUGUUCCAGACAGGUUUACAGUAUCACUUGCCUUGCUCAGGAUAACUACUCCUCACCCACGCAGUGUUGUUUCAUGUAUUGCAGAAAGUCCAAGGAUGCAUUCUGCAGUGGUCAAUUAAUCUCAAACACAAAUUAAGAGUAUAUGGUACAGUGGUAAGCUUUGUUCAAGGCAUAGGUAUCUGCUCCUGUAUUACAGAAAAAAAAAUGAGAACUUUAAAUGUAAUUUGUAAAACCAACUAUAAAGCACAAGUGUCUCUGGACUCUUUUAAGUGAUCUGGACACAGCAAAAUUUAGUCUUCUAAGAAACGCUUCUCAAAGGUUACACACUUUAAAAGAAGAAUUCAGUGAAUUUUUAAAUUAGAACUUUCCUUGUUAGAAAAUAUUUUCUCCUCAAACCACAAAUGCAGAGCAAGGCAUAAUUCUCUUCUGACUUAUUCGUAGGUUAACAUUAGUGAUAGUUAUGAUUUUGCACUAAUAAGAAAGAGAGUAUGAAUUUUUAGUCUGCAUUUCUCUUAAUUUCCAGUUACCUGAUACAGAACAAAGCCUUCAGGCAGACAGAAAAUGUGUUCUUUCUGGAAUAGAUGAGUACAUCUAUUAGCAAGGUUUAGAAAACUCCAAGGCCAGUGUCGCAGCCAAGAGGAUAAAUUAGAAACAGGAUGAUACAAUUCAAGAUUCCAUAAGACAAGUCCAGGGGAAAACAAAACCUUAAUGACAUGCAGAUAACAGCAUCCAAUCUUCACAACAGGAUUUUGAACAGUGUUAGAGGAUUAGCACCCAGCUCAUGCUGUACAUUAUGUUACUAACACAGAGUGGAACUGAAAACAGCAAUCACAACAUGCCACGUGUGAAUUCCCUCAGAGGCAACCACAAAAUAACUAAUGAAUACAGACAUUUCUUCUGUCUUUUUUCCAGUUUGGGUCUAGCUUUAAAGUGGCUGAGAAGUAAUUUUUUGCAUUUUAGCAAUAUAGACUUUAAAUGAAGGUAAACAAUUUUCUGUCUUAAAAGGAGAAAAAAAGUCUUAAUCAGGUGUAAUAGUACUCUUAAAAAAAAUGACAAAAAUUAUCUUUUGGUUGUCCUCAAAAAACUUUAAAAAACAAAGUUUAGGGCAGUGUUUUCUUCAAUACACUGUACUCAGUGUCUUUCUUCACUGUACUCAGUGUCUCCACGCACAUUUUAAAAUAAUGAUACUUCAUUGAUCCAGGUGUCACUAAGUGAUGUGGAAAAAGCUACUUAAUCAAGCACUUCAGAAAACUUAGGCUCAGAAUCUCAAGCCAAAUUACAUGAGCAUGAUCAUGUUUAUAGCUGCAAAGUGAUUCCCAAGCUAUUGUGAUUCCACUGCUGCAUGCCCUUUGAACUUUGGCCAUGUAGUGUUGCCUUAACUCUUAACUGUAUGCACUGUACACAGCACUGAAGGAAGAGGUGAGCCUGCAGCCCAUCCCCUGCAAACAUUCACUGUUCUGUCCUAAAGACACUGGAAUUGUUCUGAACGGCCAUUUCUGAACGUUCAGUAACUUCAGUGCACACAGAUGUGGCAGAAGGAAAAUUCUUCUGUUUGUGUUGGGAGAAUGAGUGUACCUGUGUCCAUGUAAAGUGUCACUCAAAUGCAGCUCAUGUGUGCUUUUAUUAAAGUCUGAGGCUCUGUUUGCAUUUAUUGAAGGAAUAUGGCAUAUAUUAGAUAUUCACAUGGCUUAGCUAUAGACAGCAUCUGAUGUUACGUUUUCUCAAAUUCUGUUUCUGUCUAAAAUAUUUUCCAUUCAAACUCUAAACAACACAUUUAUACAGCUUUGACUUUUAAAAUAAAUCAAAGCUGCUGAAACAUACAGAAGCCCAAACAAAUAUAAAUUUGAGAUGUGUUUUUUGAUUUUCAAGCACAUGAGAAAUUUGCAUUUAGGAAGAAAAGUUAAAUUUGUUCUCUUUAACCUUUCCCUUCCACCCCCUACACUGGGAAAAGAAAAAAUGUAAACAGUUUCAAAAUACAGCUUUAAGAAAAUAAACUGACUAGCUGGACAAAUAAAUGUUAGUAUUUUUUCUUCAGUAUUCUGCAGUUUAUUAAUGUUCUUAACAAAAAUAAAUUUAUCAACAGGAAUUGCUUUUUUUUGAAGUGGUAAUAUUUUUGUUCUCUGUUUAAGGAUGUCAUUGUGCAAUCUGAUAUUGUUAAUAGCUCUGUUUUUAGAAGACAAGUCUUAUUUUAAGCACUUAAACAAAAUUGAAGUAUACCUAUUUGAUCACGUUAAAAUGUCAAAAUUAUAAUAAGUAUUCAGGAAAAUCAGAUUUACUUGAUUUACUUGCCCUCUAUUGAAUUAAGACUCUUUUUUCUUUUCAGUUAUUUCAUGGAUGUAUUAAAACUAAUAAACAUUAAGGCUGUUGACUUGUUCUCUACCAUUGUAAAAUCUCCCACUCUAAGCUCAAAAGCACUAUUAAAAUGGGCAAAGAACAGGUAUAAACUAUUUCCUGUGUCUCACAUUGGCACAUUAUGAUUGCAUUUUGCCUUAAAGAGAAAUACAGACUUUUAUAAUCUGCAUGUAAUAGUGAUUUUAGUAAGAUAAAAUUUCAUGUGAUAAUCUAAUAUUACUUAUGAGAUGUUUAAAGUUCAGACUUGCCAUGUGUAAUUAAAUCAUAAUCAAUUAGCUAGGAGUAGUUACGGAAGUGUGUCUGGAAAAUACCUAAAAGAUCACAUUGUUCCUUUGUCACCUCAGUGUUUUUGCUUAUAUUAAUGUUAGUAAAUUUGCAGUUUUCCUUUCUUAUUCAUGUAAAUAUGCAUAGAGAAAAUAUUUAAACAAAAUACUUCCAUUUCCUAUGUGGAAUUUACUUGCAUUAAAAACAAACUUUCUGUACUUAAAAUAUUAGAAAAGCAAAAAACUUGACUGACAGAAAGGAGGCUCCUGAUUUUCAGUUGUGUGGUUCACUGGUAGACCCUAAUAAAGAAAACAAGCAAAAAGCACUUUUCAGAUUCCUAGAAAUAAAAAAAAAUAAAAAAUGCAUUUUUUAUGCUUAAAAAUAGUGUAUGUGUACCUAACAGAAGUCAAGCAUGUUUUUGUGAAAGCAGUACAGUCAGGAUACCAGUUAUUUUCAGAGAGAGUAUUCAUUUGUAAAAGUUAGCUUUCUUCUUGGCAGUGUUGGAGUGGAAUGUUGGAUUUAAUUUAAAAUGAUUAAUGAGAUUUUGUCAGACUCCCUGCCUUUACCACCACUGCAGUUUGUCAGCACAACAACCUGGGAAACCCGGACGCCACUCUGUCGCCCAAAACUGCUUUCCAGGAAAAAAUAAACCCGAGUAACUAGUGCCA